CCAAACGCAGGCCUACAUCCCUGUAUAUAAAUACCUGGCUUCAUAAUCACAAUUUGUCGUCAGAUGUCAAUUUUAAUAAAAAGACAUUAUUAGCGGGUAAACUACAUCAGAAUCAUCAGAACGAGCACAAUUUCCAAACGCGUUUUACUUAAGGUACCGUAGCUACGGGUGUCAAAGAGGGACAAUUCCGUGUUGCUGCCGGGGAGGAAAGCUUAGCUAACCAUCUUUCCCAGAACAUGGCAGCACAUCUGAAAAAGCGAGUUUAUGAGGAAUUUUCCAAAGUUGUACAGAUUCCCCAUGAAGAAGCUCCGGCCAAGAAGUUACGUCUGUCCAAACCCAGUAAAUCUGCAGCUCUGCACAUUGACCUCUGUAAGGCCACAAACUCCACAGAUGCCCUGCAGUACCUGCUGCAGUUCGCACGCAAGCCUGUGGAGGCAGAGAGUGUGGAGGGCGUGAUCCGAAUCCUGUUGGAGCACUACUACAAGGAGACAGAUAAUUCGGUGAGGCUGAAGAUUGCCUCUCUGCUGGGUCUGCUGUCCAAAACACAGGGAUUCAGCCCCGACUGCAUCGUUGACGACAGCAUUAACACACUCAGCAAUGAGAUAAACCUAUCCUCUAAAUCAAACUCUACACUCACUAAGAUAAGAUAA